UGCCCUUUCUAUUCUCUUUCUUCUGUUUAAAUGUUUUUAAUUUCCAGCUUAGGGAUUCGAUCACCUGUUCUGAGCUUGUUCCACGAUUCUACUCUAUUUGUGUUUUUUUUUUGUGUGUGGAUAAAUGCAUUGCUUUCAAUCAUUCAUCUUGGUUAAUUGUUUUUGGAAUCCUAGAAUUGCACAUUCUUAAUUAAUGAGUGUUCUAGCAAUACAGUGAAAUUCAUUGAACUCUUAUAAAUAUAGAAUGGAAUUGAACUUCUAGAUUAUGGCUUCUCUUAAUCACUUAUUGCAGCAGAUAAAUUUAUCUAUGCAGAAAUUAUAGUAUUAGGACACAACUUAUGUAUUUCAUGUUAUUGAAAACUUAAACUCUUAUGUUUAUCAUUAAAAAGUUUCCCCUUUUAUAUCAUGAACGAGUACCCUUAGUAGAACCUCCAAAGGAAAGAGCUGUUUUUUAAUAUAAUUUAGUUGCUUGUUGUAGGUUAGUGCAGUGAAAUGUGGAAGGAUUCAAGUUGAUGGUGAGAGGGUACCAGUUUCAUACAUAGUUAAAUCAUCACAGAAGAUUAGCCAUUUCGUACACAGGCAUGAACUGCCUGUGAUGGCUUGUGAGGUUCCGAUUCUCCAAAAAGAACUAGAUGUGCUGACUGUUUGUAAACCUGCAUCUGUCCCUGAACAUCACAUUCGAACUGGUUGUAGUUCUGUGUCUGUUAUAGUGUAUGGGGAUCUUGAGAAACCAGCUCUAAUCACUUAUCCAGACCUAGCACUAAAUUAUAUGUCAUGUUUCCAAGGAUUAUUUUUCUAUCCAGAGGCAGCUUUUUUGCUGCUUCACAACUUCUGCAUAUAUCAUAUCAGUCCUCCUGGACACGAGGAGGUAUCAAAGCUAAAGGCAAAGUAUGAGUCUCUACAAAGGACUCAGAGGCACUUGCUUGGGGAAGAUCUUGGACCAUUGAGCAUAAAGGAGCUGCAGAAUCUUGAGAAACAGCUUGAAGGUUCUUUAGCACAGGCCAGGCAGAGGAAGGUCAGUGCAAACACCUAUCUAUUAUUUUUCAUUUGCUUCUUUCUUUUUGUUUAAAUUUGUUCUUUGAUUGCUUUCCUUUAUCUUUUUUUUAUAUAUAAUUAUUUGGUUACUUUUCUUUGAUUGUAUAUAUAACAUGCCUGAUAAUAAAGGAUCUAAAAUUAAAUCAGUGUGUUAAUUAGGGUACAAUCUAGUUUAACUUGAUUCAACAAAGUUUUAACUGUUAAAUUAAACAUCAUAUAAAGUUGAAAAGUGAAAAUAAGGGAAAGACAUAAAAGUAAAGAGGAGGGGAAAUGCUUAAUUACUUGGUAAUGAAACAUUAUCAUGCAAAAAAUUUAAACUGCUUUUUUUUUUUAAAUUUUUUCUCACAGUACUAAGUUGAUCAACACAAGCAAUAAAUUGUUAGAAAAAUAAUUGAGAAAUUUUUAGCAGUUCAGAACAUAGAAAAGUAUCCCGUUUAGUUUCAGUUGACAAUCAUGUAACCUAUACUAAAAGACAGGGAUGCUUGUAUAACGUAAUUGUCAACUGUUGGCUCGAAAGUGUAAGUACAUUUUCAAAUUUUUGGUGAGGCUUGCUUCCGUAGCAAAGGGGAAGAAAUGAAACAAACAUGAACAAUCAAAGUCUCGGGCAAGUUCUCAAGUUCUACUCAUAUCAUCUGUUGAUUUUAUCUGUAAAUAAGUAAACGAUGUUCUGUUGGUUAAGAUUGUGAUACUCUUCUCUUCACUUGACUAACUUUUUACUUUUUAGCUAGUUGUUGAUGCCAAUAUAGACUAUAAUUAAUCUCUAUAGCUGACAGAGGGUUUUGGUAGCUAGUGGAUAUUACUCAACCUAUUUGAGUUAUAGGUUUUUUCAUCUGAUUUAUGAUAUCUUGUUUCUUAUGGUGAACAUUUAGGCUUCUUGCACUGGCUACUUCCUUUGCUAAGAGUAUUAAUAGUCCAUAUACUGUGUCUAUAAAGAUUAAUAUAAAAAAGGCUUCUUGCUAAAUGUAUUCUUAAUUGUUUGCUUCAAGAGAAGGAGAAAGAUCAGUGGGUUGUUGCUUUUUAUUUUGGAGCAUAUAUACGACUAUAUAUUGCUUCUACUACAACUUUCUUUUCAUCUCGUAUCUUUCUUUCUUACUUGAUUUCUACAUGCAACCAUCAUCCAUGUAUUUGCUUCUCUGCUGAUCUCUCAUUUCUCUCUGACCUUUUUUAAAAGAAAAGAAUACACCUUUAUUUUUAUUUUUUUCCUAUUGAGGGUUAUGCAUUUUUAUUCACAAUCAUCGAGUACAUGAGUAUACUUUCUAGUUAUUAAGAAGCACCACCAGUUAUUAAGGAGACUCCUGUUCUAGUUCAAGAUUCUGCAAAGAUUAAAGAAGCACCACCAGGUUCUUUCUCUUUUUCUCCUAUUAAAUUUGCAGCCCCAAAUCGAAAGUUACUGGAACUAGAUCAGAUGGAGGUGAGCUUCACUUGUGAAUUUGUUACUUGAGAUGAAGAAUACACUGUAUAAAGAUUAUGUUGUCACUAUUUUUUUAUUUUUGUCAGAAUUUGAUACUUGAAAAACAGAUGAAAAAUGAAAAAAUAUAAGGAGGCAGAGAAGCCUGAGGCAGAGGAUCAAUUCAUGACCCCACUGUUUGAAUCAAUGCACACAAUAAUGAUGAAUGGUUUCUAUACAGAUGAAGUUCCAAUUUUAGAACCUAAUUAAGCAACUUUAUUGUAUAUUUUGACUUAAUUAGAGGACAAUAGUUGAUGUAUCAAUGCACUUUGUUGAUGUAUGGUUGUUACUUGUUAUUAUAAU